AUGAAUCUCUAUGCGACAAAGUGCUCUGUCUUCCUCCUAGGCCUCGACAAUGCCGGCAAGACUACGCUCCUCAAGCAGAUAAAAGGCGCCUACGCAGCCUCGCACCCCAACCUCAGGACCGUUCCUACCGUCAGCCAAAACAUAUCUCAUGCGAUUGUAGGUCGGCUCGUCAACUCUGCAGAGGUUUUUAAUGCCCUUCUCGAGGGCAGGCUUCUUCUGCAUACGUCGACUACUUAA